AUGGUUCGGAAGUACAACUCAUCAGCUAAAAGUUCGAACGAGAAUCCACAGGAAAUAACUGUGGAAUCAGAACCUGAUGGAACUCGCUCUGGACCGAUGACUGAGAAUGAAAAAAGCAAGAGAAAGAGGAAAAUGAAGGAAGUUCUUUUAGAACAGCACAAAGACAAGAUCUCAAGACAAAAAAAGAAAAGGUUGGACAAGUACAUCGAACAUCAGUUGAAGAGGGAGGAGAAAGAGUUGCUCCUUCGAAAGUUGGGGGAAACAAGGAUUGAUUCAAGUAUUUUAAAAUCUGCAAAACUUAUUGGUACUGGAUCACAGAAGACCAGGAGAGAAUUGUUUUUGGACGCCUUGGAGAAAGAAAAGCAAGGAAAAGGAAAUGAAGAAACUGCUUCUAUCUUAUAUGAGGAAAGGACUGUUGCAAAAUGGGACGAUGAAGAUAAAGAGGAACCCAAACCUACACAGAAAAGCUCGACAGAGACCGAUACUCAGUUCAAGCAACCUCAAAGUUACAUACCCAUCUCCCAAGACUCUUCAGGCUUUCAAUUCGGGUUCUCUAAUAUCAAGAAAGUUCAGAAAAGAGCGAAACCAAGUGGGUACAGUUGGAAAACAAAACUUGAAUUGGACGCAAAAGAGUCGGAUAGGGCUGAAAACGAUGCAGAUUUUUUGAGUAGUGAAGAGAGUAGCGUUGAGGAAGAUAAUAUUUCAGAAAGCGAACAGCAAAACGGUGAGGAUAACGAAGAGCUUGAAGGUUUCAGCGGGUCUUCUGAUGGCGCAGCGACAGACGAAGAAGAAGAAGAAGAAGAAGAAGAAGAAGAAACCACAAAGCUAUCACACAGCAAAAAGGCACAAAAUUUUAAGAAUUGGGCUGAAGGCCAAGUGCGACAAUUAGAAGGAAGGUCUGAAACAAUCAUACAAACAGCUCCACAAUUUGAUUACACUCCUAUAGUACGUGAGGAGGAUUUGGAUGACGGCUUGGAGCAUAAUUUCAUCCCAAUCAACGAACAAUUACGGAGAAAAAUUGCGACCGUUCAUAUUGACAGGGACGACGAUAUUCAAGUGGCUAGAAUGAAAUUACCAGUGGUUGGAGAAGAACAUACUAUUUUGGAGGCAAUUCAUCACAAUGAUUGUGUCAUAAUAUGUGGUGAAACUGGAUCAGGUAAAACAACUCAAAUUCCACAGUUUCUUUUCGAAUCAGGUUAUGGUAGCCCCAAUUCGGAAACACCUGGAAUAAUUGGUGUCACUCAACCACGAAGAGUUGCUGCCGUGGCGAUGGCAGAAAGAGUUGGCCAGGAAUUGGGAAAUUGCAGGAACAAGGUAGGCUAUCAAAUUCGAUUUGAUGCAAAUGUGAGCGAGGGUACGGCAAUAAAAUUCAUGACUGAUGGUGUUCUGUUGAGAGAGAUGAUGACAGAUUUUCUACUAACCAAAUACUCCGCUCUCAUAAUCGACGAAGCCCAUGAGAGAAAUAUCAACACCGACAUUCUGAUUGGAAUGCUCAGUAGAGUAUUGAAGCUCAGAAGAGAAAAGGCAGAGACCGACGCUCAAAAUUAUAGACCGCUGAAGUUAGUCGUCAUGUCCGCGACAUUGUCCGUUUCGGAUUUUAGUGAAAACUCUAGACUAUUUAGAACUCCUCCACCAAUUGUGAGCGUCCCUGCAAGACAAUAUCCCGUGUCCAUUCAUUUUAAUAGGCGAACAGUUCCAAACUAUAACGAAGAAGCGUUCAGGAAGACAUGCAAAAUUCAUUCUAAACUCCCUCCUGGUGGAAUUUUGGUGUUUCUUACAGGAAAAAGUGAGAUCAACGAAAUGGUGAAGCGUUUGCGGAAAAGAUACCCGUUAGCGAAAAAGAAGCUUUACAAUGAUAUUCCCGAAGUGAGGACUGACCCUAGAAACGUGGAAGUUGAAACUGAAGAGAUUGAGUUUGGUGUGAGUGAAUCUACCGAUACAUUUGAAGAAAAUGAUGACUUCACCGAACAGGACGAGGAUGAAGAGGAGGAAGGUUUCGAAGAAAAUUUGGAAGACGGGCAAACACCCGAGGAUCCGCUGUACGUCCUCCCAUUGUACUCGUUACUUCCCACGAAAGAACAAAUGAAGAUUUUUGAAAAACCUCCCCAAGGGGCUCGACUUUGUGUUGUGGCUACAAAUAUUGCUGAAACUUCAUUGACCAUUCCAAACAUCAGAUAUGUGGUUGAUUGCGGCAGGUCCAAGGAACGAAAAUAUUCUGAGAACACUGGCGUUCAGUCUUUUGAGAUUGGUUGGAUUUCAAAAGCAAGUGCAGAUCAACGAGCAGGAAGAGCGGGAAGAACUGGUCCUGGUCAUUGCUAUAGACUUUUUUCGUCAGCUGUUUAUGAAAGUGAAUUCUCAACGUUUUCAAUUCCUGAGAUCCAAAGAAUGCCUGUCGAAAGCGUUGUGCUGACAAUGAAAGCAAUGGGAAUUGAUAAUAUUGUUAAUUUCCCAUUUGUCACGCCUCCCAAAAAGGAGAUGAUACGAAAAGCCGAAACAUUACUUCGUAAUCUGGGAGCACUAGAUGAUAAGAAAAACAUCACCAAACUGGGGCAAAAGAUGAACUCAUUCCCGUUGAGUCCUAGAUUUUCGAAAAUGCUUGUGGUUGGUAAUCAGCAGGGUUGUCUUCCUUACAUUAUUGCAUUAGUCUCCGGACUCUCUGUUGGAGAUCCAUUCAUCAGCGAAUUUGAAAUCGUACCGAAAAAAGAUCCGGAAGAACAAGAAGAGCAAAAGGAUUAUAUAACUGAAGAACAGAGAAACGUUCUUUCAAAAUUCAACAAGUCUCGUGCAGUGUUCUCCAAACUUGACAAAUUCAGCGAUGUGCUGCAAUUGUUGUCUGCAAUUUGCGCCCAAGAUCAUGUUGCUAAAGCUGAUCGCAUGAAAUUUUACGACAAUAACUUUUUAAGAUCGAAGAUCAUGGAAGACAUCUUAAAAUUGAGAAAACAGUUGACCUACAUUGUGAAAAUAAAUAAAGGCAAAGGACUAGUGGCCAGUGCAUCUACCGUUAGUGAUGACGAAUUGAAACUCGAGCUGCCUUCGAAACCACAAAUAAUGGCUAUCAAGCAAAUGGUUGCAGCCGGAUUCAUUGACCAAAUUGCAAUCAGAGCUGAUCUUAUUGAUAGAGAUGUAAAACUCUCAAACAACAUGACGAUAAGCUCAAUACCUUAUGUCACGCUUCUUCCUACACAUGAGCCUGAUACUGAACCGAACGCGUUCAUUCAUCCGGCUUCCAUAUUGUGCAAAUCUGGGGAGCUACCCCCGUCUUACUUGAUUUAUGAAUCAUUGAAUGUCAAUACUUCCUCAGAAACGAAAAAACUUCGUAUGAAGCCCCUAAACGAUAUCAGCGGUCGUUCUCUAGCAAAUGUUGCAGCAAAUUCAGGUUUGAUUACAUACUCAAAACCUUUAGGACACCCCUAUGCUCCUAGAGAGCUUUCACCCGAUCAAAGAGAAUGCUACGUGAUACCACGGAUUGGCGCAAAUGUGGGUACAGGAGGAGUAGGAUGGGAUCUUCCGGCUGUAAAGGUGGUACAACAAAAACGUGCCGGUAAUUGGGUGACUAAAUAA